AUUUGGAUUGAUCGCCUUUUGAUCAUCGUCGUCAUCAGCUUCAUCAGCUUGCUUCAUCGACUUUGCUCCCUUCUUGUUGUAUACCGACCGCGACAUACGCCAUUCGUUCAAAACCAAACCACCAACCACACGAUCGUUUGCAAUUGUUUCUUGCUUGCUAGCAACCUCACACUCAUUUAAAUCCCAACCAAACCAAAGAACACCCUCGAAGGAAAUAGAGACAAUAGACAGAAAAAGAAAACCAUGGAGUGUUUUCGGCAGCUAGGCCGACUGAUUAAGGCCCCGUUCAAGCGCGAGAAGCCGCAGCCGCGGGUGCUGGAGAUUGGUCCCCCUACAAACUUUCGGAAGGAGGAAAUGCCUUCGUUCUUCCCGGACGACGAUGCCGCAACUCUGCACAGUCGUGGAUCGACCCUGGAAAAGGAAAAGGAUAUCGCCAUCGCGGCCAUCGAACGGCAACAGUCGACACGGGAUAAGAUCAAGACGCAUGUCCGGCGAUUGAGUCGGACGGCGGCGGCGGCGGCUCCCAAGCCGUUGGCUGAACAGGAGGAGUGAAUGUUCAUUACAUCCUCCUGAUAAACAUUAUCAACGACGAUAGUGAUGACGAAGACGACGACGAACAACCCCGCCAUCAAUAUGGGAGAAAAUCGGUGCCCAACCUUGCUUUGUCAACGCCACACACGCACACACGCAUACACACGCAACGGAGCAAUGCGCGCGCGCUUGCGCCCGGAAUCAUAAUUACACAUCACCUCAGAGAAGGAAGGUUGGCACUUCGUUGAGACGCGAUUUCUUCUUCGCCUUUGGAUCAAUGCCUCGUGGAUUUUGCGGUGGAGGAGGA